AUGGCCGAGUCAACUCCCGAAUCCCUCAACGAUCCUCCUCCUGCCUCGCCGGGCGACCUGCCGUCUCAGCCGCAACCAUCCCCCGACAGGCCAUCCAAGAAACCCCGGCAGAGGAAGCAAGCCGACACAAAGCCUCCUUCGCCAGAUCCUCCCACCCAGCCACCCGUGCAUCACGCACCUCUAGUCCAGCCUUAUCCCGGUCAUCCUCAUCCUUACUAUAUGAACCCCCCCUAUCCCGGUCAUCCGUAUCAGCACCCAUCCUAUCCUCAUCAUCCCCCGCCCUCCCAAUCUUCACAUAGCUCUUCAGUGCCCCCACCUCCCCCUUCCUAUGGCUAUCCUAUGCCCCCGGGUCCCCAUCAUGGCUAUUACCAUCCCACAUACCAGUACCCCCCACCCCCGAUGAUGAUGUACGGUGCUCCUCCUCCACACCCGUCUGCUACUCAUCCUUCCCCUCACCAUCCUCCGGAGCAACAGCCUGGGACCCCAACGUCGCCUCCAGCACAGGACCAACCGGGCUCAACCGCCAGCACUGCCGCGGGACAGAAGAGAAAGAGAAAGGCGAACAAGGAAGAGAAAACUGAACAAGAGGAGACUGCUGUCGCUGCUGCGACUCCUGCUGCUUCAUCUACCAGCGCGACCCAGGCGCUCGACCUGAAGAAGCGGACAAAGACGCAACGUGCAUGCGACUCGUGUCGUACUCGUAAAAUUCGCUGUGAUAUCAUUGCCGACACGGACCCGCCAGUCUGUCAACAUUGUAAACAGUACAAUUUUGAAUGCUCUUUCUUCCUACCGAUCACCGAAACCCGCUUCAAGAAAAAGUACAAGCAAGAAGCUGAAGGUGCUGAGAAAGUUGAAUCUGCUAGGACGACAACCGUGCCUUCGUUUCCAGACGGGAAGCAAGAAACUGUGCUCGGUCCCACAUCCACUGCUCAUAUUCUCCAUUCUCAAGCCACGAUCUCAUCUCGUCAUUAUGAAGGUUAUGACGCCAGGUAUAACCACACCUUCCAAGUCAGCAAGAAUGGCGAUGGUAUCAUCCAAGUCCAGAGAUCCGAGCAACCUAUGGCAGUCCCCAAGCCAAUCGACCUUCGCGUCGAACACGACAUGCUCCAACAAUUGGUCAAUGCGUACUUUUCGGAGGUCGCCCCACUGCUCCCUGUGAUAACGAAAGCCGAGUUUUUGAACCACGCUGCACCGCCGCCUAUCCUGCUGUAUUCAAUGUGUUUGGUCACUGCUGCAAGGCGGGAGGUACCGCAGCAAGUAUUUGAUGUUAUACGCCACAUGGUCGACACCAUCAUCAAAACCGAGGACAUCCUAUCUAAUGCGUCGAUAGUGAACGUUCAAGCGUUGCUGAUUUUGUGCAUGACAGGCGACUGUCAUUCGCAAUUUGUCCCCAGCGCCCUUUCGGCAUUGUGGGUCCGUUUGGGGGCUGCCAUCCGAAUGGCCCAGGAUCUUGGUCUUCACCGUUGCGAGUCUCUCAAGCAACCCGACAUGGAUCUGAGACGGCGAUUGUGGGGUCUUUGUGUGAUUAGUGACCGAUGGAUGAGUUUCACGUAUGGUCACCCUUACAUGAUUUCUUUGGAAGACUGCGACGCUCGCCUUCCUUCGUCCGGUAAUCCGACCGACAACUAUAUCGACGAACUUGCGAGAUUGAGCAUCUUGCUUGGUCGCGUCCAAAAGGCUCUGUACACUCCAUCUGGUCUCAAACAAACGACGGACGCAACUCUUGAAGGCAUCCUCAAAGAUUUGAAAGCAUGGAGGCAAAAUCUUCCCGGUGACCUCAAGUUCCAAGGACCGAACACACCAACGCUCGCUGGUUUGUGUUCCACAAUUAUCGCGAUCGUGAUUAAUACUUACUAUCUUGGUAUGGAAGGUCUUCUCAACCUUCUCUACGUCUGCGUCAUCAAAAUGUUCUUCCGACUCUUCAUGAGAAUCAGCUACUCACUACCACCGCACAUCAGCUUUGGUUUGACAGUUGAAGGAUGGACUGGGCUCGUCAUUGACGGAAAUCAAGCUAUUGAUUGGCUAGACGCCAAUGAGCGGGUUUAUGACGUCUGGCUAGCAGUUGCGUAUGCGGCAGUGUCAUGUGGGUUGAUUCAGUAUCACACGUAUGUCAGACGGAAAUCCCCAGAAGCAGAAGCUAAACUACGGAAACUACGGGACUGUGUUGCGCGGUGGGAGAAGUCGAUAUCUCCUGAUCAUAUGUCGGCGAGAAGAAAGACCGCGGAGAUUAUCACAUUGCUCUAUGAAGCAUUGCAUAGCCCGAUGUCGCUCGAGAAGCCAGCUUUAAAUCCCACAGGAGGUGUCAAAGGUAAAGAUCCACUUAACCUUGACUACAAACCUGACCCCAGUAGACCUGGGGGAGGGGUGUUUGUCGCUCGUGGCAGGACGAGUAAACAUGAUCUCAAGGAUAUACCAAAAGGAAUGGUUAUCGGAGGAACGUCGGACGAUGAAGAAUCUGAAGUAGUUUCGACGCAACUUGGAGGAACGGGUUCAUCGGCUACCUCUCCGAGUAUGGUCAACUUUUCGCCGUUGGUUGCCGGGGGGAAUUUGAAUCCCGCAAUGAACGGGGAGACGAGCCCUAACAAUCAGGUCAUCAACUUGCUAGGCCACUCUCAGGCGAACAGUAGUACUAUCCAGGAGUUUGCUAUGGCGGAUAAUGGGUAUCUGGAGGGCCUGCCGAAUGGAAUGUUUGAAUGGGGUGAGGAGGUUUCGACUUUUGCUACCGUCUGGUUUGAAAUUUACGAGUCUUCUGCAGAGCAGUGGGAGUCCUUUUUCUCCAAAUUUCCGAACCAACCAGGGCAAACUCAACAAUAG